AUGGCUAACCCGCCGGCCCCGCCGCCGCCGCCCGGCUACUCCGAGCGGCACGCCGCCAUCGUCGUCGCCAAGGUCGCCGCGGCCGCGGCCUCCUCCGCCUCUACCUCUACUCUAGCUCUACCUCCACCAACAGCACCUCCUCAACCAUCCGGCUGGUGUCCAAGUCCAAACUACCGGGGCCAAAACCCUAGGCCGCCGCAGUUCCGCACGGCGCCCGCUCCUGCUCCGCCCCUGGCUCCACCAACUACGCCACCACCGCCUCCGGCUUCAUCAACUACACCACCACCGCCGCCCGGAUGGUGCCCAUAUCCUGAUCCAUGGACAGGGCUAGUCCAGGCGUGGCCUAUGCCCUGGUCCGCCCCUACGCCAUAUGGUGCCCCGCCUGCCUAUACCGGUGGCCGGCAGCCCGGUGCUCGCCCUCACACCGGCGCGCCCAUCCUCGCGCCCCGACAGCCGACGGCCGCGUACCACGCCGCUCCCUCCUACGCGCCACCGAUCUACAACACCACUCCUGCUCUUAUUAAAAAUCUGAUUUCUAUUCGCCAAAUCACCACUGAUAAUCUUGUUACUGUUGAGUUUGACCCCUUUGGUUUGUCUGUGAAAGACUACCGGACCAAGGCCGAGAUCGCUCGAUAG